CGAGAGACUAACAUACCACAAGGAUCGUGUACUGUCUAGUCAGUUGGUUUCAUUAGUCCCAAACAAACGCGAUUGUUUUAAAAUGUGUGACGACGAUGUGGCUGCACUUGUUGUUGACAAUGGAUCGGGCAUGUGCAAAGCAGGAUUCGCCGGAGAUGAUGCUCCAAGGGCUGUUUUUCCAUCGAUCGUUGGAAAACCCCAAUACCAGGGUAUAAUGGUCGGUAUGGGAGAAAAAGAUAGUUACGUCGGAGAUGAGGCUCAAAGUAAGAGAGGGGUACUCACAGUAAGAUAUCCUAUCGAACGUGGUAUUGUUACAAAUUGGGAUGAUAUGGAAAAAAUUUGGCAACAUACAUUCUACAACGAACUCAGAAUCGCCCCGGAAGAACAUCCUGUACUUCUCACAGAAGCCCCAUUAAAUCCGAAAACAAAUCGCGAAAAAAUGACACAGAUCAUGUUCGAAACUUUCAACUCACCAGCCAUGUACGUCGCUAUCCAAGCUGUCCUAUCUCUGUACGCGUCAGGAAGGACCACAGGCAUAGUGUUGGAUAGCGGAGAUGGUGUAUCGCACACGGUCCCUAUUCACGAGGGACAUGCUCUGCCACAUGCAAUUUUACGUUUGGACUUGGCUGGGCGCGAUCUAACCGAUUAUCUGAUGAAAAUUUUGACCGAAAGAAGAUAUUCCUUUACAACUGCUAAGAGGGAAAUCGUGAGGGAUAUUAAGGAGAAACUUUGCUACGUAGCUCUAGACUUUCAGCAGGAAAUGGCAACAGCUGCUGGAUCCAGUGCUUUAGAAAAAAGUUACGAACUGCCCGACGGACAGGUCAUAAAAAUCGGUAACGAACGUUUCCGUUGCCCGGAAGCAAUGUUCCAACCAAGUUUCUUAGGGAUGGAGGCAUGUGGUAUUCAUGAAACUACGUAUAAUUCCAUUAUGAAAUGUGACGUUGAUUUUCAUAAAGAUCUCUAUGCCAAUUCUGUACUGUCUGGUGGCACAACAAUGUAUCCUGGAAUCGCGGACAGAAUGCAGAAGGAGAUCACUGCUCUGGCUCCGUCGACUAUGAAAAUAAAGAUAAUUGCACCACCAGAAAGAAAGUAUUCGGUAUGGAACGGAGGAUCUAUUCUUGCAAGCUUGAGUACCUUCCAACAAAUGUGGAUAUCUAAACAGGAAUAUGAUGAAUCAGGUGAAUCUAUUGUACAUCGAAAAUGUUUUUAAGGCUCAAUUCUUCUUGUUUCUUUAUCAAUUGUACAGUGAAGUUAGCAAUGUGUACCUAAUAAAAAUGUAUAUUAUGUAAGAAAACCCAAUUUCGAAUGCAGCAGCGAAUGACAUUCUUGUAUGAAAAAUUCAAUUGUUUAUCCUGUUGCACAUUGUUAAUAUCACUUUUUACUUGUGAAGAGGAAAUAUUUUCUUCAUUAACGUAAGAAAACCUUGAUUACCUUAACAAGGAUCAGUUUCGUAAUUUUUAUGUUAAUCGACAGUUUGAUUUAUAACAUCAGUAAAGUUUCAUCUACUACAGGGAAUCAAAAAUUUGCUGCAAUAUUUUUUAUUACUGAAAUUUACACACCAUAUAUUGUUACACGUCAACACCUCAGGUUAUUAUAUUCAUUGAUUUUGAUUUUAUACAGCAUAUGAAAAUUUGAACCAAUAAACAAUAUGAUAAAAAAAAAUAAAAAUUUUAUAAAUUUAUGCACAAGACCUGAAUAAUUUUUUUUUUAUGUAUGGUUUUACUCUUUCAUCAUAGUUUACUCUAUUUACAUAACGUAUAGAUUGUAUUUUAUAUUGAAACUAAAUUAAAACUUGUUUUCUGAUUAGUACAUUAUCAUACUAACAUAAUUAACCACAUCAGAUAAUCUGUAUAGAUUUUUUUAGAUGUCAAGU